AUUUUGUAGCAGAAGAAAUGAGUCAUCUGGUUGUAGUCUUUCAUAAAGAUACAGUGCAUAAUCUAGAUAAUUUUCUUAGGUUAUUAGGUCACUCAUUAUCUCUCGAGGCUGGUGUUCGGUGUUCGGUGAUGUCAUUAAUGUUCGACUAGCAGUACAGAAGUGUAGAUUGUGACGAAAGGAGAAAAAAAUGUUACUUUGGGGCUCUUCGACUCUCGGCGCCCUCGUCCCCCGCAUCACGGUCAUGGAGGCAACCGAUGGCUAUCUAGCAAGUAACGGCGAGUGCUCUCCCAGGAAGGAGAGCAGCAGAAUGCAGGUGGACCUGUCGCUCCACACACACAACGGGCAACAUUCCCAAAGUCCCACAUCUCCCUCCGAGCAUAAGAUCAAACAGGAGGAGGGAACUGAGGACGACGCAGAGAGAAGAGCCGUAAGCCAGGACGAGAUGGCGCACAGCGGCGAAGAAGGCUCGGUAUUGGAAGAGCCCAUGAUGGACAGCCCGAACAACCUCCAGGAUGUCGGGGGAGGGGCCGAGGCACCGCCUGACUCUGCGAUACGACUGCCCAAUGGUGAUCGGCCAUUCCAGUGCAGCCAGUGUGGCGUGUCCUUCACCCAAAAAGGAAACCUGCUGAGGCACAUCAAGCUUCACACAGGCGAGAAACCCUUCAAGUGCCCGUUCUGCAGCUACGCCUGCCGCCGCCGUGACGCCCUCACCGGCCACCUGCGCACACACUCUGUGGGUAAACCGCACAAGUGUAACUACUGUGGGCGGAGCUAUAAGCAGCGAACCUCAUUGGAGGAGCACAAAGAGAGGUGCCAUAAUUACUUGCAGAGCGGCGGCAUGGACUCCGCCCCCAAUCCGGGUCCGUAUGCAGAGGUUCCUAAAGAGCCGAGAUCCUUGGGAGAGGUACCGAGCAUAGUGCCCUUCGAACGGCCGCCUGUCAUCGAGAGACUGCAGGCCAAUGUGGCGAAGAGGAAGAGCACCACGCCGCAGAAAUUUGUCGGAGAGAAGAUGAUGCGCUACUCCUACCCCGACCUGAACUUUGAUGUUGGCCUCAAGUACGAUAAGGAAGCAGAGAUCAUCCAGGCUCACGUGAUGGACCAGGCGCUCAAUAAUCCCAUCGCUUAUAUGAACAGCGAUACUCUGCGUCCCAUUUUGUCCCACCCGUCGCUCACCAUGCCCGAGGUGGUGCCCAUGGUGAACCCCCUGUUCCACUCCAUGUAUCCUCUCGGCCCACGCCUGGAGCGCCCGAGCAACCACGAGUCCCUCCAUCUGUCCCACCAUCCAGCCCACCAACCGGAGUUUUCCUCCCGUGCCAACGGUGCCAUCACACUGGCGCGGCCCAAAACCUCUCAGGUGGUGCGAGGGGAGGUGCACGACGCGCGUGACCGCUCCCCCAGCAACAGCGGCCACGAUUCGGCCGACUCGGCUCGCAGCAGCCCGCGAGACAAGCCGGUGAAUCAGACGAGUGUCAGCGUCAGGGCAGCGUUGGCGCGGCCGGACGAGGGCGGCCACCAGCACGGCGUCAGGGAUGGGAUCCGAGUGUUCGGGCCGGAAGGAAACGAGGUGCGGGUGUUCCAGUGCGAGCACUGCCGCGUGCUUUUUUUAGAUCACGUCAUGUACACCAUCCACAUGGGUUGCCACGGCUACAGAGACCCCCUCGAGUGCAACAUCUGCGGCCACUGCUGCAAGGAUCGCUACGAGUUCUCCUCGCACAUCGUCCGCGGAGUGCACACCUUUCGUUAGGAGGCCUGGGAUCCAGGAUCGUGGAAGGCGCCAGAGAUCCCGAGCUGAACAAGAAAAAAAUCCAGCAAAUACAUAUAUGAAGGUUUAAUUCCAGCAGGUUUUUAAUUUAGAUUUUUGAAGGCGAUAUAUUUUGGGAGAGGGUUUUAGUUUGAAUACGUAGAUGAUGUGAACCAUGUGUUGAAAUUUCCUCCGCAUACACAGACACUCAUUCUUUUAUUGUUAUUAUUUUGUUUUUUGUUUUUUUUUAUAUAUUGCAUCAUCCCAAAAAAAAAAAAAAAACAGAGCAGCUAUAUUGCCUUGAACAUCAUGAAGGGUUUUAUGUUUGUCUGGUCUUUUGUGAGUCGUUUCUCGCUGUCUUACCUGUCACAAAAGGACUAAUAGAUUAUAGAUAUUAGAUUUUAUAGAUGUCGCCAUAUGAGAGUAUCAGGAACAAAGUGCACUUGCACACAAGGGACCUUCAGGGGAAAAGACUAAAAAAUGUCAAUCUUUUUUUUUUUCCUUUAUUUUGUUUUGUGCUGCUGUGUUUUCUCAGUGCCUUGCUGAUGUUUUGACUGUUCUGAUUUAAAGCUUGCCUUCUCCAUCACUCUUUUUAGACAUAAUAAUAGAACUUUAGCAUUAGACGUUUUUUAUUUUCUUUUUAUCGAUUUCACUAUGAGUACGUGCAGGAUCACACUCACCCCAUCAUGCUUGAUUACUACCUACGCUCCCUGUGCUGCCAAUAUGAUGUAGCUUGGUGGCCACAUUAACAGGCAGCAAUUUAUGGUUUGUUUUUUUCCCCCCCAUUCUUUCUUUAAAGCAUCCUUCUGCACUGCAGCACACCGUAAUGGGCCUCUUCACUGCACCGGUAGCACCAUGUCUUAUCUGUUCGGCAGUGUGUCUUUUUCUUCACUAACCCACUCACUCACUUAACAGGUAACGAUUACAGCUCGCACUUUAUUACGCUGCUUUAUUAUGCUGGUUGUUACAAAAGCUCUACGCUGGAGCACUGGGUAUUAGCUUGCUUUCUUACACCUCAGGUUGGAAUUGCCUUUUUUUUUUUUUUUUUUUUAUAAAAAGGGAGGCUAUUUACUUUUGUAGAUUAAAGUGUGUGGAUAGGGGUUAAACCUCAAUCUGAUCCACUGUUGCAUGGACCUGAAAUUUUAUACGGGAAAAUCAUGUAUUGACUCUAGAUCAAAUUAUUUAUAUAAAUAAGUUUAUGCAGCUUUUCUUGUUUGUUUGUUUGUUUGUUUGUUUGUUUGUUUGUUUUAGUUUAUUAUACGACAGAACAUGCUUUUUUUUUUGCAAAAUGCUCUAUAUUCAAAUGUUACACUCAAUUACACCAAUAUUGACUCAAUAUUAUAAUACAUCAUAUCACAGCACUGUCAAAUUUUAUUAUUAUUAUUAUUAUUAUUAUUAUUAUUAUUAUUAUUACAGAGGUUCCUUUGGCAUCACAAAUCACUUUUUAUCAUUAAUGCACUCGUUCUAAUUCGUUAUCAUUCCUAUGGCCA